AUGGAUAUAGCAACAGGUCCCGAAUCGCUGGAGAGGUGCUUCCCCCGCGGGCAAACGGACUGCGCCAAGAUGUUGGACGGCAUCAAAAUGGAGGAGCACGCCCUGCGCCCCGGGCCCGCCACUCUAGGGGUGCUGCUGGGCUCCGACUGCCCGCAUCCCGCCGUCUGCGAGGGCUGCCAGCGGCCCAUCUCCGACCGCUUCCUGAUGCGAGUCAACGAGUCGUCCUGGCACGAGGAGUGUUUGCAGUGCGCGGCGUGUCAGCAAGCCCUCACCACCAGCUGCUACUUCCGGGAUCGGAAACUGUACUGCAAACAAGACUACCAACAGCUCUUCGCAGCCAAGUGCAGCGGCUGCAUGGAGAAGAUUGCACCCACUGAAUUCGUGAUGCGGGCGCUGGAAUGCGUGUAUCACCUGGGCUGCUUCUGCUGCUGCGUGUGUGAGCGGCAGCUACGCAAGGGCGAUGAGUUUGUGCUCAAAGAGGGCCAGCUACUGUGCAAGGGUGACUACGAGAAGGAGAAGGACCUGCUCAGCUCCAUAAGCCCCGACGAGUCUGACUCCGUGAAGAGCGAGGACGAGGAUGGAGACAUGAAGCCGGCCAAGGGGCAGGGCAGCCAGAGCAAGGGCAGCGGGGAUGACGGGAAGGACCCGCGGAGGCCCAAGCGGCCGCGGACCAUCCUUACCACGCAGCAGCGAAGAGCCUUCAAGGCCUCCUUUGAGGUCUCCUCCAAGCCCUGCAGAAAGGUCCGAGAGACGCUGGCGGCAGAGACGGGCCUCAGCGUGCGUGUGGUCCAGGUCUGGUUUCAGAACCAAAGAGCAAAGAUGAAGAAGUUGGCGCGGCGACACCAGCAGCAGCAGGAGCAGCAGAACUCCCAGCGGCUGGGCCAAGGUGAGCUGGGGCUGGGGCUCAGCCUAGGCCAGGAGGUCCUGUCCAGCCGCAUGGAGGGCAUGAUGGCCUCCUACACGCCGCUGGCCCCACCGCAGCAGCAAAUCGUGGCCAUGGAGCAGAGCCCCUACGGCAGCAGCGAUCCCUUCCAGCAGGGCCUCACGCCGCCCCAAAUGCCAGGGAACGACUCCAUCUUCCACGACAUCGACAGUGAUACCUCCUUAACCAGCCUCAGCGACUGCUUCCUCGGCUCCUCAGACGUGGGCUCCCUGCAGGCCCGCGUGGGGAACCCCAUCGACCGCCUCUACUCCAUGCAGAGUUCGUACUUCGCCUCCUGA